GACAUAACCUUUUACAUGUCUCGCCUGUGAAUCUAAAAAUGGCGUUCAGAACCAGGAAAAACACACACUAUUUUAGAUGAUAGAGUUACUGUUUCCUUAUCCUAGAAUCUUAGCGUUGGAGUCAUGGAAUCCACAAGCAGUUCUUACAUGAUCAUCAAGUUCAAGCCAAUAUCUGAAGUCUCUAGUGAUCUUACAGUUCAAGUUGGAUCUUCAAGUUUCUGUCUUCAUAAGUUUCCUCUGGUGUCUCGGAGUGGAAAGAUCCGGAAGCUUCUUACGGAUUCGAAAACUUCGAGUAUUUGUCUCUCGAGUGUUCCCGGAGGAUCUGAGGCUUUCGAGCUAGCAGCUAAGUUCUGCUAUGGAAUCAACAUUGAUAUCAAUCUUCUUAACGUAGCUAAGCUUCGUUGUGCAUCUCAUUACCUAGAGAUGACAGAGGAUUUUUCAGAGGACAAUCUCGCUAUCAAAACAGAAAAUUUCUUCAAAGAAACGGUCCUCCCUAGUAUCUCGAACUCCAUCCUCGUUCUACAUCACUGUGAAGCCCUUGUCCCAGUCUCUGAAGAUCUCAACUUGGUGAAUCGUUUAGUCAUAGCUAUCGCCAACAACGCCUGCAAAGAGCAGCUCACCUCGGGUCUACUAAAGCUCGAUUAUACGUUUUCGGGUACGAAUAUGGAACCAGAGACUCCGUUAGACUGGUGGGGGAAGUCAGUAGCAGUUUUGAAUCUUGAUUUCUUCCAGAGAGUUGUCUCUGCGGUUAGGUCUAAAGGGCUGAGACAAGACGUGAUCAGCAAGAUUCUUAUCAGUUACACGAAUAAGUCUCUUCAAGGGCUAAUAGUUAGGGACACAAAGCUGGAGAAAGAAAGGGUUGUUGAUUUUGAAUCAAAGAAGAAACAGAGAUUGAUUGUAGAAACAAUCGUUAGGUUACUUCCUACACAAGGAAGAAAAAGCUCUGUUCCAAUGGCGUUCCUUUCAAGUCUUCUCAAAAUGGAAAUGACUACGUCAUCAUCAUCUGCUUCUUCAGGAUCAUGUAGAUCAGACUUAGAGAGAAGGAUCGGUCUUCAGCUAGACCAAGCCAUCCUCGAAGAUGUCUUGAUUCCGACAAACCCUAACGGAGCCAACAACACGAUGUAUGACAUUGAUUCUAUCUUGAGAAUCUUUUCUAUAUUCUUAAACCUAGAAGAAGACGAUGAUGAAGAAGAAGAUCGACAUCAUCGUAAUCGGUUUGGUGAUGAAACAGAGAUGAUUUUCGAUUUCGACAGUCCUGGUUCUCCAAAACAGAGCUCCAUCUUGAAAGUAUCGAAGCUGAUGGAUAACUAUCUAGCAGAGAUAGCUUUGGAUACGAAUCUGACAACGUCAAAGUUCAUAGCUUUAGCAGAGCUCUUACCAGAUCAUGCUCGUAUCAUCAGUGAUGGUCUUUAUCGAGCCGUUGACAUCUACCUCAAAGUUCAUCCGAAUAUAAAGGAUUCAGAGCGUUAUCGUCUAUGUAAGACGAUAGAUUCACAGAAACUAUCACAAGAAGCUUGUAGCCAUGCAGCGCAAAACGAGAGGCUACCGGUACAAAUGGCGGUACAAGUAUUGUACUUUGAGCAGAUCAGACUCAGAAACGCAAUGAGCAGUAGCAUUAGUCCUACUCAGUUUCUGUUCAGUGGUAACUAUCAUCAGUUUCCUCAACGGGCAGGGAGUGGAGCAGGAAGUGGAGCGAUAUCACCAAGAGAUAACUAUGCGUCGGUGAGGAGAGAAAACAGAGAGCUAAAGCUUGAAGUUGCAAGGAUGAGGAUGAGAUUAACGGAUCUAGAGAAAGAUCAUAUCUCUAUUAGACAAGAACUCGUUAAAACCAAUCCAGGGGCUAAGCUUUUCAAAUCAUUUGCUAAAAAGAUAAGCAAACUCAAUUCUCUUUUUAGCUUCAGUAGUCUUAAACCUUCCUUGAAGGGAAAGGCAAGUACUGACAGCCGUUUCUUGUUUCAGAGAAAAAGACGACACUCGGUUUCUUGAUUUAAGAAACAAGUCUUCAAAAUUCAAUAUUUUGAUUCACUUUGUAUAGUGAAUGAUUAUAUACUUUGUCGUUGGAGGGUUUGAUUUGUGGUUUCAGUGUGUAUGUAUAGCUUGAUAUAAUUGUGUUUUGUGAAAUGUGAGCGAUGGGUUUUGUCUAGUAUUUGCCAUUGACUUGUACCAAAUCUGCAUGUUGCAACUUACAAGAACAUACAUUACAUUUAUUAUGA